AUGGAACUCAGAGUGUUGAGCCACGAAGCCAAUUUUGACACUGUUGAUGCCACCCCAGCCGACUUCAUUGCCGCACUUGAGGCCAUGUUAGUACGAACUAACGCAAGCGAAGAGGCUAAACACAAGAUUCGCCAAAAGGUUACCUCUCUCCUGAUGACGAACAGGCACGCUAGCAAUAUGUCACCCGCAGAAAUAGAAGCAAUGAAGAGAUUAAAAAUGGACAAAGAUAUUAUAGUGCUACCGGCCGACAAAGGAAGAGCAACAGUUGUGAUGAACCGCGUUGAUUACAACGAGAAGGCACAAGCUCUCCUGGACGAACAACAAUCCUACAGGCCCGCACCCGCCUCGCAGGCCAAAUCGAUGAUUGGCCAGCUGACUGGACUCUUAGGCCGACUACGGCGCAAAAAUGUAAUUUCGCUGGACGAAUGGCGCCAGAAAAAACCAACCGACACGGCGUUGGCCAGGUUCUACGGACUACCAAAAAUCCACAAACCCAACGUUCCUCUGCGGCCAAUCGUUGCCCUGAAAGGCAGCCCCACAUACAAUUUAGCCAAAUGGAUGCCCCGAAAGCUCAAUUUACUCCGAGAGGGCUCUGUGACGUCCAUCAAUUCGGCCUCCCAAUUCCUUGCCGACAUUCGGGGAAAGACUAUUUGA